AUGGGUCCUAGGGCCGUCUCUCGCUCCGGUGCGAGCUUCGCCGCGCGAGCUCUCCGUCAAGCCGCUUUCAAACCCCAGACUUGCACACGAAGACACGCCUCCUACGAUGCCAAGCGCCGAUCUAUUGCGAAGCUCCUGGAAUGGACACCGAAGGAGCCCUCAACGAUAGUGGUUGACGGGUAUGUGCGCUCCGUGCGUGCUAUGAAGAGUCACCACUUUGUGGCUCUGGGGGACGGCUCUUCGAUACAGCCACUUCAAGCUGUGCUGCCCGCACAGAAGGCUGAAGGGUUGGCAGUCGGUGCGGCCGUGCGGCUGACAGGCUCUUGGGUUGCUUCCCCGGGGGCUGGCCAGAGCCAUGAACUGCAUGUCAGUCAGGCAGAGGUCGUCGGUCCGUCCGACGCAAAGACGUUCCCGAUCCAGAAGAAGUAUCAGACCCCAGACUUCCUUCGCACCAUACCGCAUUUACGACCGAGAACACCCUUCAACUCUGCUCUCCUGCGCUUCCGUUCCGAAGCGAUCACACAUCUGAACCAGUUCUUCGCGGAUCGACUCUUUACACAGACGCACCCUCCUCUGAUAACAUCGUCGGACUGUGAGGGCGCGGGUGAAGUUUUCACUGUGGCUCCGGCAAACAAGACACCUCCCACAAGUGAUGGAUCCGAGACAAACGAAGACUUCUUUCGAUCGACCAAAUACCUGACAGUGUCCACUCAACUACACCUUGAGGCUCUAGCCCAGGCCGUUGGGAACGUCUGGACCCUCUCGCCGACCUUCCGUGCCGAAAAGAGUGACACUUCGAGACACUUGAGCGAGUUCUACAUGCUCGAAGCUGAGAUGUCGUUCGUGGACGAUAUGGCAAGUGUCAUGGACCUCGUGGAGGACAUGCUUCGCAGCCUAAGUACCGACGUUUUCAGGACUGCAGCAGCACAAGAUCUCCUGCAGCGAACCAAGCAAAGUGCCAAUGACCUUGCGCCUGCCUCAGAAGUGGUUCAACGCUGGGAAGGCUUGAUGAAACAGGCGUGGCCGCGCAUCACAUACACAGAGGCGAUCGAGAUUCUGAAGGCGAGCAGACAGAAGUUCGCACACAAGCCAGAAUGGGGCUCUGGCUUGCAAUCAGAACACGAGAAGUACCUCGCAAGUACGGUCGGCGAAGGGAAGCCCAUCUUCGUCACCGAUUAUCCCCGUGCCAUCAAGGCCUUCUACAUGCUUCCGAGUCGCUCGACGAGCUUGUCUACUGGCAGCAUUUCGAGUGUCUCGGCAGGCAGACUCGACGGUCCCGUCCGAGAUGACGGGUCCCGCUUGACGGUAGAAUGCUUCGACUUGCUCGUGCCCGAAUACUGCGAGAUUGCUGGCGGCUCGAUGCGCGAGCACCGCCUGCCACAACUGCUCGAUGCAAUGGCUAUGCACGGAAUGGCGCCGCCGACCCUGGAUUCUCCUCACCAGGCCGAGGCGGGAUCCGAGAGUGAGGCCUCUAUCUCCCAAGCCGGCAGCCUCGACUGGUAUGUCGACCUCCGUCGCUGGGGAUGCCCUCCGCAUGGAGGUUUCGGGCUUGGGUUCGAUCGGCUGCUUUGCUACCUGUCUGGCGUCCAAACGAUCCGUGACAUUGUUGCCUUCCCCCGGGAUACCACGCUUCGAGACUUGGCCGUGGGUCGUCGACAGUCAUCCCCUGCUGCCGUACUCCUCACGCCUCGCGUACAUUUGACAAGAGGGUCGGUACUCGUGUGGGCCGUCGCACAACAGCCAUUCGAUCUGCGACCGCUGCAAGCAACCAUUUGUCCUCCCGAUAUGUCUCUUGCCGUGGCCUGCUGUCCACCGUUGGACUCUGCCUGGAUGCAGCAGCGCGGAAACCCGCCCAGCGCGAGCCGGCGGCUGGCUACGUCAGGCGCAUGUGGGAGAGGCUUGCAUCUGACAAGCCCCCCUCCCCUUGGGUCUUCCCGUGUCACUCUGGAAAUUUUACGGCCUUAUGUUGGUUAUUGUCCGCGGCCAUCCUUCGUGCAGGACCAUGCAGAUAGCCAGCGAAAAGAAAACCUGCGCAUGCCAUGCUUCAUGCUCCCUCGACCUCGAGCAAGAUGUUGGGAGCAUCUGACGUCCGACUUUUCCACCUAUCACACACGGCAGCGUCCCAACCGAUCGACACUUCGAGGGACAGGAAUCGCUAUAUCGCGGACUGCAAACAGUGUCACCACCGAUCUGCAGUUUGGUGACGCCCUCCUCCUCUCCGCCUCACCUUGCGGUUUUUUGGCCCCCAAAUAG